AUGAAUAUCAUCUGUGGUCUGAAGUUGCCAGGCAGGAACUGUAUUUUCUUUCAUUUGGCUUCUUUGACCAAGCAGGGGAAGUGCAAUAAUCUCUAUAGGUCUUACGCAGGAUACUGCCGAACUCAAGUCAGUUCUACACAAGGUAGAUGCCAAAGCCUGGAUUUGAGUGGAAAUACUAGAAACUGGUUUUUGACUGGAAGCCCUAACUCCUAUAGAAACUUCAUUGGUAAAGGACUGAGGUGUCUUUUGAAUGUCCCAAAUACAGAAGUAUACAAGAACGCAUACCACAGUUUGGGAAGGUUUUGCUUCCAGUCUUCUCGGCCGUUGGGGGAGAAGAUCAGAUCCCUCCAGAUCAGUUCUGCAGAGCAGCUCCCAUGUCAUUUUUCUGCUUGGAACAUUCAGAUCAUCAGGUCUUUUCACACAUCACCAUCGUUUCAGGCUGCACCAGUUCCUCUUUUCUGGAUUAUUGUUAAGCCAGCUCAGAAAUUAUUUGCUAUCAUUCUUGGCAGGAGCAUAAGAAAUUGGUGGAAGGCACUUCCUCCUAAUAAACGGGAACUUCUUAAAGAAAGUGCAAGAAAAAAUAAAUGGAAGAUACUCUUGAGUGUCAGUAGCUUAGGAGUUUUAUUUGUCGUGUUUUAUUUUACGCACUUGGAGGAGACACCCGUCACUGGGCGUGCUCGACUGCUAAUGUUUGGAAAAGAGCAUUUUAGGGAACUGUCACAGGUGGAAUAUGAUAUGUGGAUGGAGGAAUUCAAAGGUAAAAUGUUACCUGAGACAGAUGCACGCUAUCAGGUUGUGGAGAGAGUUGUUGGUCAUUUAUCUGAAAGCAAUAAGGACAUCCCACAGGUCUCAGCGCUCAAGUGGGUAAUCCAUGUUGUAGAUGAACCAGGUGUAAAUGCUUUUGUGCUUCCAAAUGGUCAAGUGUUUGUUUUCACUGGUUUGCUAAAUGCAGUUUCUGAUAUUCAUCAGCUGUCUUUCAUUUUGGGACAUGAAAUAGCUCAUGCUGUGCUGGAACACGCAGCAGAGAAAGCCAGCCUGGUUCACUUCUUGGAUUUUCUAUCACUCAUCUUUCUCACUAUGAUUUGGGCCAUCUGUCCUCGUGAUAGUUUGGCAGUUGUUGGCCAGUGGAUUCAGAGCAAGUUGCAGGAGUUCGUGUUUGACAGACCGUACAGCAGAACGUUGGAGGCUGAAGCUGAUAAAGUGGGACUUCAGUUUGCAGCAAAGGCUUGUGUGGAUGUAAGAGCAAGCAGUGUAUUUUGGCAACAGAUGGAAUUAGCAGAAACCAUUCAAGGGCAGCCCAAGUUACCAGAGUGGCUCUCCACACACCCUUCUCAUGAAAAUAGAGCUGAGCACUUAGACCGGCUUAUCCCAGAGGCUCUUAAAAUAAGAGAGAGCUGCAAUUGCCCAUCUCUUUCUGGACCAGAUCCUCGCCUCAUUUUCAGACUUAACAUGCAACAUCUCCUGGAAUCGUCUAAAGAUCAAGAAACCCCAAAUUCUACAAAGCAAGAUCUCUCAAAACCAAAACUGCAUUUUCCUCACACUCAAAAAGUGGAAGAUAUGCCAGUAACUUUUGCAGUUAAACCUACAAACUAAUGAUAAUAAUUUUCACUUUUUGUGAACCCUGUGGUCCCUGAAGGUGUUUCCUAUAACGCAAAUUUGUCUUUGAACCAUAAAGAAGAUGGAACCACUCAUAUUCUGUGUUUCUUUUAUGUGAUCUCUCACUCAAAGCAAUGAGGAACCAUGCCCACACAAGAAG